AUGAUUAUCAAUUUUGAUGAUGCUGAUGACAUUGAUGAUGCAAACGGUUAUAGCGACGACGAAGAUGAGGGAGAGGGAGAUGCUGAGGAGGCCAAGGCAGACGAAUGCGGGCCUAUGGACAAGUGGCUACAUGCCCGCCGGCUGUCUUCAAUGGGAGACGAGUUGAACGGCAAUGAAGUUGGAAAGGAUUCUAGAAAGAAUAAGGAAGUAGAUAAUGGAGACGAUAAUCUUAGCAAUCCCCUAAGUGGAGUCGAGUCAGGAGAAGGGCUGGGGAGUGAACACGAUAAGCCCAAUUCGGUCGAGGAAAAUUCCAAUGAGGUCACUUUAUCUAUGGAUAGUGAACCAUAUACUGAGGUUUGCAUUACUGGAACAUUUCACAUUCCUCUUUUUUAUUCAAACGUUUUUGAUCAUCCAAUAUAUCUACCUCUUGACAAGGUCUUAGGUCGCCUAAAAUGGUGCAAGGACUGA